AUGCCUCCAUUACAAUUUUGGAAACCAGGUACAGCUGCUCCGGGAUCUUCGCUUGAUCGAGACAAUGAAGCGGAAGGAUCACUUCUUCCCUCGACAAUCUCCCAAAACGCUCAUCUCUCGUUAGAAGCUCAAAGACAAAGAUUACCGAUAUAUAAACAUCGGGAAAAGCUCUUAUGGUGUGUCGAGAAAUAUAAAGUUGUUAUUGUAGUUGGUCAGACAGGUUGCGGAAAGUCCACUCAACUACCGCAAUAUCUACAUGAAGCAGGUUGGACGUCACAAAAUCACGUAGUGGCUUGUACACAACCUCGGAGAGUUGCAGCCACCAGCGUUGCUACGAGAGUCGCUGAAGAAGUCGGCUCUGUCCUGGGUGACGAGGUAGGAUACAGUAUUCGAUUUGAAGAUCUAUCUGCACCCACUCGAACAAGAAUAAAAUACCUGACGGAUGGAAUGUUAUUUCGAGAAACCAUGGUGGAUCCUCUGCUGAGCAAAUAUAGUGUCAUAAUGAUCGACGAAGCUCAUGAAAGAGGUGCAUACACAGACUUGUUACUUGGUUUACUCAAGAAGAUAAUGAGGAAAAGACCUGAAUUGAGAGUUAUUAUAUCUUCUGCCACGAUUGAUGCAGAGGACUUCUUGGAAUACUUCAACACCAAUGCGGACGGCUCUGACCGAUCAAAAGACGAUGCUAUUAUCGUCAGCCUAGAAGGGCGAAUGUUCCCUGUGGAAGUCUGCUAUCUCAAGGAGCCAUGCUUCGACUAUGCGGAAGCAGCUGUGCAGACUGUCUUCGAUAUCCACAUGAAAGAGCCUGCUGGGGACGUGCUAGUAUUCUUAACAGGAAGAGAGGAGAUCGAUCAAGUUUUACAAGAAGUCACAGACAGGAUACAAACGCUCCCAAAAUCAGCACCACAAAUAUUAGCUCUUCCGUUAUACGCUACUCUGCCGCCCGAAGAACAAGCUUUGAUAUUCGAUCCACCUCCCAGAGACACCAGAAAAGUCAUCUUUUCAACAAAUAUAGCAGAAGCGAGUGUUACUAUUGAAGGGAUCAAAUACGUGGUCGAUUCCGGAUAUGUCAAGCUAAAAACAUUCAAUCCUCGAACAUCAAUGGACGUGCUCUCCAUUGUACCGUGUUCCUUAGCUUCUGCGAAUCAAAGAGCAGGACGAGCAGGUCGUACGUCACCAGGAAAAUGUUUCCGUCUAUACCCAUCAUCGGUUCUGCCGAUACAUAAUCCCUCUUCACCAAUGCAAAUAACGACACCACCUGAACUCACUCGAUCAGAUAUUGCCUUAUAUCUAUUACAGCUCAAAGCUCUAGGUAUAGAUAACCUAGUGAAAUUCGACUUUAUGUCUCCUCCACCAUCACAGAUGAUGAUUCGGGCUUUGGAAUUCUUAUAUUGUCUAAAAGCAUUAGAUGCGGAAGGUAGAUUAACCAGGCCGAUGGGAGAAAGAAUGGCUGAAGUUCCUUUGGAUCCUAUGAUGGCCGCGAUACUACUGAACUCUCAUGAGUUCAAAUGUGGAGAAGAAGUGUUGACUAUAGCAGCAAUGACUUCAGUGCAGAACGUAUUUAACAUGUCUGAAGGUGGUACCAAAGGUAUGAUGUCAGAUCUGGAACGGAGAAAAUUCACUGCGGAAGAAGGGGAUCAUCUCACUCUCCUCAACGCAUAUAACGCGUUCAUCCGUUUAGGUCAAAAUAACAAAUCAUGGUGUGGGAAUCAUCGACUAAAUCACAAGGCUUUAUCUAGAGCCGUAUCGAUCCGAAAGCAACUGAAGAAAUACGUGGAAAGGUUCGGUAUUCGAGUUGUCAGCUGCGAAGGUGAUGCCAAGAGAUUGAGAAGAUGUCUAGUUACGGGCUAUUUCAAAAACGCAGCUAGGAUGUUGCCCGACGGUACAUAUAGAAGUGCAAGAGAAGGAGCUACACUGCACGUUCAUCCAUCUUCGGUCAUGUUUACCAGGCAACCUUCCACCGGAUGGGUGAUCUACCAUGAGGUAGUAGAGACCACUAAAAGCUUCAUGAGGGAUAUCACUGUUAUAGAAGAGGAUUGGCUGGUUGAACUUGCGCCGCAUUUCUACGAAUUCAAGGGUGGGGGAUUGAAGAAGCAUUUUUAG